AAAAAGGAAUCUGUGCGGCGAAAACUGAAAUCAUCCCCGACUGACGCACUAUGGAAUAAAUUUAAGGAACUGCGUACGAGAGUAAAACAACUAAUCUCGAAUGGCAGAGCUCACUUUUUUGAAACCUUGGACGUAGAUAUUCAAAACAACCCCAAGAGAUUUUGGUCCCUCUUCAAACUUAACUCCAGAGACUCCAGCGUUCCAAGAAUUGUUUCUAUGGGAGCAAGUGAAUCGGACACGGCGUCAGUUCGCUCAGCAUCGUGCCCUCGAGACAUUGCAGAGCUUUUCAAUGAUUACUUCACCUCUGUUUUAAACAAAAACGAUGACCUAAUCGAUUCAACUACUCUUCUCUCAACUACCCAAUGCGAACCUACCACGUCAAAAUUGAAUCUUUCUCCCGACGACGUUUUGGUUUGUCUGCGAACGCUUGAUGUCAAUAAAGCAACAGGUCCUGACGGAAUUUCGCCCAGACUACUAAAAAAAACCCGCCCACCAAAUAGCUCCAUCGCUAUCCACUCUAUUCAAUCGAUUCCUCGAUAGUGGCUCUCUACCAGAAGAAUGGAAACUGGCUAACAUCAUACCAGUUUUCAAGAAAGGUGACAAAUUCUUCGUUGAGAACUAUCGUCCCAUAUCGCUUCUCUGCGUUGUAUCGAAAGUCUUCCAGCGUUGCGUGUUGAACAAGCUGCGCGAUCACCUGUUACAACUACUAAACUCGUCACAACAUGGCUUCACCCCAGGCAGAUCAUGUACCACCCAGCUUGUCGAAGUGCUGAACUACAUCGGUUCUCUGUUAGACUCUGGGAAACAAACUGACGUUAUUUUCAUGGACAUGUCAAAAGCGUUCGACAUACUGCUCUUGUUAACAAACUUGCAAACUACGGUAUUAGAGGGUCUCCGCUUAAUUGGUUUUCACACUAUCUACAUGGCCGCCAACAACGUGUAACUACUCUCGGUGCAACGUCUUCUAAAAAGACAGUUUAUUCGGGAGUGCCACAAGGCAGUAUUUUAGGGACAAUUUUAUUCCUCCUCUACGUUAAUGAUCUUCCUGAUGCUGUUGAGAACUCAAAAGUGGCUUGCUUCGCUGACGACACCAAGAUCUUCCGUUGCGUCGACUCUAUCUCCGAUGCUGCACUCCUCCAAAGCAAUCUAAGUAACUUAGAAAAUUGGUCUACUUCCAGUGGUCUCGUCUUCAACCAGCUCAAAUGCAAGUGUCUGCGCGUGACUAGGAAAAUCCAGCCUACUACUUAUCCAUAUAAGAUCAAGGAUAAGGAAAUCACAACAACAUACAAUGCGCUACAGCAUACACACGAUUAAGCAUAUUAAACACACGUUUAAGCAUGUUAUACACACGUUUAAGCAAAUUACACGCUUUUAGGAAUUUUAUUGAUGAGAAAUAGCUUUAAAGAAUUCCUCUACACUCUCUUAAACAAAGUUUUGUGGCUUUUUUCGUGUUUCGCAAAAACGCGGCUUCGUUUAGUCAGAGGCGCCGGAAUAUCGAUAAUUGAGGGGGCAGAUAUUCAUAUAUUCUUGUUCUGCCCAAUUAAUUUCUUUUGAAAUCGAUUGUUUUUACAGUCUGUGAACACGAAUAUAUGAAUAUCUGCCCCCGCAAUUAUCGAUAUUCCGGCCUCUCUGCGUUUAGUACAAACAUUUUCUCGUAUGUAACCGGAAGAGAUCGGGACGCCAUUUCGUUUUGGUCCGGAGGUGAAUAGCACAAGGAUAUUCAGAGCUGAGUGGUUACAAAUUGCGCAAAAGCACUAUCCACCUCCUGAGUACAUGCUAACAAUUAUUACAGAUGUUAAAUUUUUAUUUAAAAUAGUGAUCGAGGCAACAUUUUAGGUUCAUAACGAUCAGUGGCUGUCUGCAUACUUGCUUAAUUAAAAGUUCUUUCAAACAAGGAAGCAGAUUUUAUUUUGCCAUAUCACUUAAUUACAAUACACGACGUAGUCCAGGUUUUAAAUUAAUUUUAUUAAAUUUGAUUCACUUUGUAGCUUCGUGUCCAUCUCUGUCGCCAAUACCCAACGGUAAUAUAAAUGUCGGAAAACAACUUACACACGGCUCAUACGCUAUAUUUUCUUGCAAUGCUGGUUAUCAACAGAUUGGCUCAUCCCUUGCACGAUGUAUUGACGGAACAUGGUCAGAAAAACUGCCAAAAUGUCUAGGUUUGUAUGCACACACAUGAAUUAAAACAUUGGAUAGAUAUGUUAUUGUAUAAGGUUAUAACAAAGUCUAUUAAGGUAUGAUGGUCUGGAAACUAAACACACGAAGUCAUUGUAUUACGUUGGUGUCUUAGUUUUAAAUGUUAAUAUGGUGAUUGAGCUCGUAUAAUUAAGUAACCGUCCAGUAGGUAUAGCUGAGAUGAAUCGUGUAACCACGAUGAAUAAUAUUUCAUUUAGUUGAGACAAAGGAUUUGUGUACAAUGAGAUAUAGUUCAACAUCAAACAAAAGUCUUCUAUUUUGAAGCUUUGAAGUUUGGCGGGCUUCCAGCCCAUCAUAUCUUCACAGACUGUGGUUAGAAGUCAAUGGUUGCGAGCACUCGAGUUUUACAGACAGCCCAGCUGACAAUUAUGAGGUAAUGCGGGGGUAUCCAUAGCUGCAAUAAUUAUCUACGAACCAAAGUUAAAUAGUUUGAAAUUAAAGAUGAUAAAGUUACAAAGGAUCAAAAUUCAUUACAUAAAAUUGGUUCUCAUGUAUACAUUUAGAUAUAAAUUCAGUUCUUUUGUUAAAAAUAUUCUUUCCUGGUUUUAAAAUGCAAACUUUCUUAGUUGCUGAGGUUUGUAUUUUGAUAUAUUUUUAUUUUCACCGUCCAUUGCUGCAGCUAUCCUUCGCGAUUUUAUGGAUGACUUUUGGGUAAGUCACCUAUACCUAAUAUCAACCUAUUCCAGAUGGAUCGGUAUUUAUGAUUCGUUCUUUAAAAAGGUGAUUUGUAUAGUUUGUUGUCCCCUAUUCUUAUAAUCAACCAAUCACAAAAUCUGCUCGCUUAGACCCGUAUCUUUUCCUAUUAUCAUCCCGAAAUGACGUCACAAUAAAUACUGCUUGCAUAAGGGUUAGUGUUGAAUCACUCUGGUCUAUAAACUAGAACUGGAUAAGCAAUGUUUUGCCGGUUUAAUAAACCGCCAAUUUUGAAGCCAUAAUACUUUUAAUGAGGAUUGAUUUUCAAAUCUGUAAUAUCCUUUAAAACUUGAGUUUAAUAUUACGUAUUGAACCUAAUUUAAAUGGCAUUGCGCCCAGAUACGCCUUACUUUAUUAUUUUACUCUGACUAACGCCAGAUUAGUUUACACUAUCUAACGUCAGACGAUUUUACUCGUCAGGGGGAGAGUGCUGCCACUAAAUGGGUUAAUUUGUUAUCAGCUAUUGGACUUCAAAGAUAUAGCUUGCCACUACAUAUAAGUACAUAUACGUAUAUAUAUUUUAAUGAGUUAGUCUGUUAACACCCCCCCCCCCCCAAGGAAAAGCGAAGAAAGGGGCACCGAAAUGCUGAAAUUGCGAAACGUGCUAAAUAUUAAGGAAUAUUCUGAAAAAUUGAAGUUGGAAAAGAUCUGAAAAAGUAUUUCUAAACCUCCAUUAUCGCAAAAUAAUGUUCGGAAAAUUUUUUGGGGACAUUCUAUUUUCGCAAAAAAACGGCGACCUCCCCUGCCCCCGAUGGUAAGGGCCCAAAUGUUUGAGUUCACCCUCCCCCCUCCCCUCCCCUCCCCAACCAGAUAUCGCACGGCACGUCCCUGAUCUAUUCACACAGAUAAAAGUUUGAUAACAUUCUUUUUAAUUCUAUAGCCUUAUGCAAUCCAAUUCGAAGCAUUGGCGGUGGAUGGGUUUACGGAAUGGGUAAUAUAGAAGGAGAUAAGCUGAGAUUCCGUUGCAGAACUGAUUAUAUUUUGGAUGGCGAGCAGUUUAUCAAAUGCACUGGGAAUAGGCGAUGGAAUGCAACGAAACCAACGUGUAGAGGUUGGUAUAGAAGACCUGAAUAUGACGGGGGAUGGGGACAUUUUUGGGUAUUUGAUCUCUAUGAACUAAACUGCAUUCAAUACAAUACAUCUGAAUGCAUUAAUUUUGUUUACUUCUUAAAAGUUUGAUCAACGCUAUGAGUUUUUUAGCGGUAUUCUAGAGGAGAGCAGCGAUUCCGUUUAUGGUGUCACUGAUACUUUAAUUAAUAUACAAUAUAACUCAAUGACAAUGUAUGUCCAUUCUCUUUCCCGAUAAAAAUCAUUGCGAGACUAAGUUUGAGGCAGCAAUUUCCUCCGAAGACAAUAACUCCUUGUUUUAAUUAAUAAUAUAAAAGAAAACACAAUGGAAUUAUACAACUUUCUGCUGAUUUAUGUUUUCACAUCAAGUACUUUAUCACUGAUUCAUAGCCUUAAGAAUACGAACGUUGUCAGUCGGCAAUACUUCCGUAUUAUAUUUCAUGCCGGCCCCUGUCGUAUGUAUUUAACAAUUAUUCUGCAACGAAGUGGAGGUCAAUAGUGCAAGAAUAUUCACAGAGUCAGAGACACGAAAAUUACCAUACAACGAAAAUAUUGUUAAAACAAUUUGUAUUACAGCUCCCAUAAUAGAGUUGUAAAUAAAGCAGUAUUUACAUGCUUUUAGUAACUAAAAUUUAUUCAUUAGAAAUAGCUUUAAAGAAUAUCUCUAGACACACUGUUAAACAAAAUUGUGUGGCUUGGUGGAACGACAGCUUCGUUUGAAUAGUGCAAGUUAGAAUUUCCGGAGCUGAGCAACCAAUCAAAUUAUACAUAAAAGCGCUUUCCACCCCACUCCCCCGAGUAUAUAUGCUAAUACUGAUUAUAGUUUUAUUUCUCAAACAUUAUGUACUAUUUAAAACACGAGCAGGAGUGCUUUAUUAGAUAUAAAACACGAGAGCGCAGCUUGGGCGUUUUAUAUCUGAUAAAGCACGGACUGUGAGUGUCUUAAAUGGCUUAAAAAAUUACCUAAACAAUCCUAAAGAGUUCACUGGCGAAGAAAUUUUAAAAUUAAACGUUGUUUAAGCCGAGAAAAUCAAAGCUAAAGUUUAUGUAAAUGAACACGAUUUUUUAUCACAUAUAUAAAACCACCGACACGGCCGUGAUUUCCUUUGUCUUUUCCUCAUGAAUUAUUAAUGAGUUUUUAUAGAUGUAUAUAUGUCUUAAUCUUCAGCUCCUUGCAGGCGGUUUGGUGUGCAACCAUUCCGUGGUGGUUAUAUAAGGCGAGAUGGUUACAGGCAUAAUGAGGAAGUGACAUUUGGAUGUAGAGAUCCUUUGGUUAUUGAUGGUCAG